AUGUCUGACGACGAGCGCGCCGGCCAGGACGGCGCCGGCUCCAGCGCCCAGCGCAAGGGCCCGCGCUUCAGCUGGACCCCGGCCUACGAGGCCACCUUCUUCCGCUCCCUCUGCGAGAGCGUCAACCUCGGACUCAAAGACAACCACUCCUUCAAGCAGGAGGCCUGGGAUCGCGCCAUGCAGGCCCUCCAGGAGCGCCACGGCGCCUACCCCAACAAGAGCCACCUGAUCAACAAGAGCGACAACGCCCGCAAGAAGUUCCGCCUGUGGAGGGGCCUCGUCGAGGACCCCGAGUUCCUCUACAACCCGGCCACCAAGAUCGUGACGGCGAGCGACGAUGCGUGGAGAUCGCAUAUCGAGAAAGAACCACUAUCUCGGUCUCUCAAGGGCCGGCCCUUUGAGCACGAAGAGUUCUACGAAAUCCUCUUCCCCGACGUGAUCGGGUCCGGCGGCGCCCCCAAGCGGAUAACGAAGCCGCGGCGGAAAGGGCCCGACGCCCUGCCGGGGGCCAACGACGCCGACACGCCCGGCACCGCCAUCCUCGACCUCUUGAACGGCGGCGGCCAGGGAGCCGCGCCGCAGCCGGCCACGGGGACGAUGCCCGCUCCACCCGCGCUCCCUCGAUCCGCGGCUGCUGCUGCCGCGUCCAAGGCUGCAGCGCCGUCUGCCACCUCGGCGCCCGCGAGCCAGCAGCGGCCUACCUCUACCGCGAUACCCCCGAGAGGAUCCAUCGCCUCCACCUCGGCCCUCACGCCGCCCGACGAGGAGGCCCCCACGUCACGCAAGCGGAUGGGGCCCAACGGCGCCGCACACGGCCACGCCGACAAGCGGCGGCGGGGAGCGGCCCAGAACGCAUACAUCGACCUGUCCAACGCGAACGGGCCACAGCAGCAGCAGCAGCAGCAGCAAGGCGCCCAGCCCGGCGGCUCGGUGCCGCCGGCAGCAGCGGCGGCGGCGGGGGGACGAGGAGGGGCCCAGGGCAGCGGCGAGAACAUCGCUCUGCUGGCCGACGCGCUGGCCAAGCAGCAGGCCGCCGCCGCCCCGCCGCGGUGGCCCGAGCAGGCCAUGGACAUCUUCUUCCGCGACUUUGCCGACGAGGACAUGGACCUGCAGCUCAAGAUCGCCGAGAAGAUGCUCACCGACGCCAACAAGGCCGCCAUGUUCUGCAAGAUGCCCGUCCACCUGCGCAAGCACUGGAUCAAGAGGCUGCGCGAGGCCCACAGCCGCAUGGGGCUGGGCAACUAA